AUGAUUUCAAGUUAUCACCCAGUGAAAGCGAACGUGGUGGCAGACGCCUUGAGCAGGAAGAAUUUGAGUAUCUCUUGUAUGAUGAUAAAGGAAGAAAAGUUACUUGUGGAAUUUGAGGACCUUAAGUUGGCUAUGACUGAGACGUCAAGUGGAGUCCAUUUGGCGCAGUUGCAUAUAACACCAGAUUUUAAGAUUAGGAUUCAGCAAGCACAAGCACAGGACUCAGAAAUGAUGAUGAUGCUAAAAUGGAUGAAAGCAGAGGAACCAGAAGCUGUAAGACAAGAUCGUAGUGGUCUCUGGAGAUACAAGAACAGAAUUUGUGUUCCUAGCUUUGGAAAUUUGCGGCAAGGGAUUCUUGCAGAAACCCAUCAAAGUAGAUUUUCUAUGCAUCCUGGAGUGACAAAGAUGUAUCAAGAUAUGAAACAAAUGUUCUGGUGA